CCGUUCACUAUUGGCUGCUUAUCGCCCAGACGUUAGAGAGAACCGGACCGUGUGAAUGGCUGCUCACUCCCGGACGUGAUUAUGGCGUCGGGGAAAAGCAAAGGGCGGGAGAUGAAGAGCCAAUCAGAGCAACAACGCCAACUGCUUAACUUUGCAAUGAACUCGUCGGCUGUUGCACUUAAUACUCUGAAAAUGUCUGUAAGAUAACGUCCCCUUCUAGAUGGAUAUAUAAGCAGAACUCACUUUGUUGCAUGUAUCCCCGAGAAGGUCUUCCUUGAACAAAUUCCCUUGGAUCCUCACUUACCUGCUGAACAGUAUGAAGGCCUUCCUUUGCCUUGGUUUCUUGCUGUGCUUGUAUCUCAGCACAGAAGCAAAAGUCUAUUCCCAAUGUGAGUUGUACAGAAUCUUUCAGCAAACCGGAUUGUCUGGAUAUCAUGGCAUCAGCGCUGCAAACUGGCUAUGCCUUGCUUACUAUGAGAGCAACUAUAACACUGCAGCCGUGAACAACAAUGGACCAAGCCGUGACUAUGGAAUAUUCCAGAUCAACAGCAAAUGGUGGUGCAAUGAUGGAAAGACAUCAGGAGCUGUAAACGCCUGUCACAUCAGCUGCCAGAGCCUUUUGAAUGAUAACAUUACAGAUGAUAUCGAGUGUGCUAAACGGGUUGUGCGGGAUCCCCAAGGCAUCAGUGCUUGGGUGGCUUGGAGGAAUCACUGCAAAGGAAAAAAUUUGAACCGAUUUACAUCAGGAUGUUAAAUAUCCAAAAGUAAAAUCAACUAAGACAUAUUCAUUUUAAUUAAUUCUGUAUUCAAAAAAAUCCUGUGUGAUGUAUAUAAUAAAAAGUUAAUGGCAAAAAAAGUUGUCCUC